AUGGUCACUAUUACCUACCGUGUCUCCGUCUCUUCCGUCUGCGACCUCGUUCCUACUAUGCUCGAACUUGAGGACGAGCCUCUUGUCACUACCCGAUUCAUGCAUUAUGGAUCCAGCACGGUUGGGCCCUACUCGGAGUUGGUCCACCAAGUCGAGGUUACCUAUCAAGGAGAGAAGUUUGACUACAACCUUAUACUCAUUCUCGACAAUGAAGCUGCUGUCUUUCUAGGCCGUGAAAGAUUUGGAUUCCCAAAGGUUCUUGGAAAGAUCAGAAUCCAGACAGUCAACGGAGACAAAUCAUAUCUUGGUGGUGCUGGGAAGACCGCUGAUCAGCCACUUGUUAACUUCGACUUUAUCCCACACAAGACUGUUCAGGUCACAGCACCCCCGCCCAAGAAAUGGAUGCUGAACAUGAGAAGUAUCCCUUCACCAUUCGACGGCGCGCCUCCAUCGGUCUUGGAACUAAUCCCGACCACCAUGGAGAUGGAGUUCUCGGAGAUCUCUCUCGGUAGUGGUACCAUAAGCUUUCCAAAAAGCUCUGCAAUCGUACCAUGGGCCAGGCUAAACAUCUUAAAGUAUGAAGGAGCUUUCCUCGUCCAGAAUGCAAGGGCAAAACUGCAACCUUUCUAUAUCAAAGCACAGCAAAUUUAA